CUAUGUAGGAUAUUCGUAUCAAGGAUCUCAAUUGAUAAAAUUCAACGAUUUAAUUAAAAAUACAAGAAACAAAUCCAAAGAAUAUAAAAUAAAACCGCAUUUAAUAAUCCAUGUUGCAUGCAAAGCAAAUUCAUUUUAAAUAUAUUAUGUUCAUGCAUUUUUCUUUUUUUUUUUUAAUCUUAUAUUUAUAUCUUAUAUGGUUUAUAAAAAAGAUGGACUUUUUUGCCAUUUCAGAAUAUCAAAUUUUAUUUGGUGUUUUGUGCCUAAAUAUAUAUAAUUUAUAUAUACGCUUAUAAUAUUAUAAAUAACAUUAAUAUGAACAACAAAAAAACAAAAAUAUAAAAAAACAACAAAAAACAAAUUAAAAAUAUGUAAAAAUAUAUACAAGAUACAAAAAAACAGAAAGGAGCCACAAUACUGCUACGUUUACGUUGUUGAUUCCGAGUAACGCAAAAGGUGGUUGCAUACGUAUAUGUAUGAGGGAACGAGUGCACGUAAGGGUGCGUGCGCGGGUGUGCAAGCGUGUGUGCGUGAGUGUGUGUGUGCGGAUAUAGUAUAUUACCGAUAUAUUAUAUUACAUGUCUCGUUCUCGAUGAUAAUAUUGUAGUUAUGCUUGUCAUGCUUCACAUCACAACGUUCAGCGCAUAUCGAACAUGAAUCUGGCACUUUUCCGUUACUUACUUCUCACUAUUUAUGUCCCUAGCUUCAUAUUGUUUCGUUGUGCCGAAGCAUCGAGAACGUUUUUUAGCGUAGCGCUCAAAAAUUAAGAUAAAUUAUAGGAAGAGCUUAUUGAGAUAUGUCUGACAUAAAGAAGAAGAAGCGGUCAAGAUCUAAAUCACGAGAGGACCAUCAUUCUAAACGAAGACAUGAUGAGAAAUUUGAUAAUUUACAGAAACAGUUAGAUAACCUAACUAAAAUGGUAGAGACGCUAGCGAAUUCACAAAAGGAGAAUUCGCAGAGUCUACCUGCAAAAAAUAUCAGAAUUGACGAGGAAAAUAAGGAUAAUAAUAAUCCCGAUUUAGAUGAAAGUGAAGAAGAAUUAUUAGAAAAUUCUGAGCCAGAAACGUUAAAUAAUAGUGCUUUGGAGAUAUUGGGGAUAGAUCCCAAUGAUUCAAAAUUCAAAAAGGUGAAAUAUCAUCCGGAACUAAAGAAUACGUGGUUGAAAUGGAAAAAUGAAGGUCUACCAGAAAAGAAUAAAAAGCAAAUUCUGGAACUUUAUAAUAGAAAAGGAGAAUUUUAUACCGAAGCUCCUAAUUUAAAUCUGGAGAUAAGUCCAUUGCUUUCAGAAAUUGCUAAAAAGAGGGACCAGCAUUUUAUGGAAACGCAAAAUUGCGUGGGCACGGCCAUAGCUGCCUUAGGAGCUGCGGUCUCUAUGUUGAUAGAGCACCCAGAGGACGGUUUAGAUAAGAAUUCGGUGGCAAGAAAAUCUUUUAUUACACCGCAGUUAAAUAAAAGUGUAAAACCAAUGGUGGAUACGAUGUUUUCCAAUGAAUGGCUUUAUGGUGAUAAUCUGAAGGAUAAAGUCAAGGAUGUCAAAGAGAUAGAAAAGGCUUGUGCGAAUAUCAAGGACAAGCCCCCACAAAAAUAUAUACCAAGGGCACGAGAGCAGGGAAACUGGAAAUACCCACCUGCGGGAUACCGACAGGUGGGUCAACAUCAGAGGCGUCGACAGAUAAAAUUCAAGACACGGUCAUACAGGACCUCGCAGAGUUCAACCAAGUUGACACCGCAGACGACGAACCAAUUAUCGUUGAAGAAAUAA